AUGACGGACAAACCUGCUUUCACCAUUGUCAGUAUCAAACAUCCUGAUGAGCUUCGGGCACCAGAGACCCGAUAUACUGUCAACUCGUACACGCAUCGACAUACAGGUCGACGGCCUAAAAAGAUUGCUCUCAAAAAGCAGCUAGCAGUUUCGUGGACGAAGUCCAGAGAGGACACUCCCGAUGAGUCCAUAUCAUCGGGUGGUCCUCCAUCGGUUGACGCUGAUCCGUCUCAAUGUGACACGAGAAAUUCUGCCGUCAUCGCCAGUCCGUCACCUUUGACUAUCGAGUUCACGGGUACCCGUAGGGAUCCUUUCAAUUCAUAUCCUAUUGAAGUUCGAGGAUGUGUUGAAGGAGCAGUUGACUUCUGGUUGAAAGAGUGGACGCCGGCACAAAUCCCAGGUAUGACACAACUCUUGCCUAAACCAAUUGAUGAAUCUCCAAAACUAAAUUGUGCGUCAGCGUUUUUAGACGGUCAGCCAGCUUUCACCGGCGUCGUCAUUUCCCGCAUGUUUGGACUGGCCAUGAGCAAUGCAGAGACUUUUCAAUCACUUGUGGCUUUGAGCCAGGCGAUACGAGAGUAUAUGCUUGGACGUGAUGUCGCUGAAUUCAUAUCGCCCGAAGUGCUUUAUCAUAAAGGUAUCGCUCUCCAUACACUAUCACUGCGACUAAAUAGUCAAUGCCCUGUCGACGAGACGAUGAUGCUCACGGUUCUGAAUCUCCUGGCACUCGAUCUCAUUCGAUUCGAAAGCACUUCCUUCCGGCUCCAUUUAUCUGCCCUACGUCAAAUGUCGACACAACCAAACGCCUUCAAGACUGACUUGCAAAAGCAAAUAUUUCUAGGCUAUUUAGACGCAAGUAAAGUUUACCUUCAAGCUCUAGAAUAUUCGGAGAAUAAACACCACCCAGAUCGCAAAAAUGUGAGCGUCCCGCCCACUAUGUCGAGUCCAAUUCCCGCCGAAUCGUCAAUGACACUUCCACCUGGUUUCCGCGCACUGGCACUGGAAGGUCAGCUGUCAUUGGGCCUGACCAGCAUCCUUGCUCGAUUUUCUGUGUGGAUCGAACUUGUCAAUGACUCCAAUGUAUCGAAAAACACAGCUAUGUUCAUGAAACUCCGACCAUGGGUGGACAUAGAGAACCAGUUCCCCAUCCUUGAACGUGAAAGGACGGUGAACCCUCCUAGCACAGAAAAAUUAGUAUGCCUUUCGUUGUUCUGCCUAGCUUGUUACAUCCUUCGCCGAUUUUCACUUAGUGGCAUCUUCCACCGAAUGUUAGCAGAUCUCAUGGGCUCAAUCAAAGACUUCCAACCCCGCGAUGAGUGGCAAGUUGAUUUGAAGAUAUGGGCCACAACGCUAGCCGCAGGGAUCGGCAAUGAACGCCCAUCACUUGCUUAUCGAAGUGCGCCACUUGUGGAUUCUGUCAUCGAUAGUCUACCGAAUCCUUUCGGUAUGGCUCAGCCAGAAUAUCUUUUCCGGCAAUUUCUUGCCGAUGAACACUCUCUUAAGGCAUGGAGUGCAUGUUGGACUGCAGGUCUAGGAAGGAAGAAACUACGUCUCAAAACUUGA